AUGACAAGCUCACUUAAAAGGCAACUCUCCGGAGAGACUCGAGAUUCUGAUGAGAAGCGAUUGCAAGUUGCUGUGGAUGUAGGAGAAAAUGAAUACUCAUCCGUCGCCGUACUGGUCAGUUUAAUCCCAGGAAAGGAAGGCAAGUACAUUGUGAAGGGGAAGCCUACAACAAAAAUAGGACGCAGCAGAGCAUGCGAUAUAGCUUUGGCUGAACCCGAUAUAUCCACUUUGCAUUGUGAACUAUGCGUCCUUACAGUAACUAUAGAUGGAUACCAACGACGAUUGGUGAAUAUAGUCGACAGAAGCCGCAAUGGAACCUUUGUAAACGGCAACAGGCUUGUUAAAAGGGACUACAUUUUGAGAAACGGCGAUAGGGUUGUUCUAGGCAGGAGUUGCUCUUUCUUAUUCAAGUACUUGGCCGACAACGAGGAGGAGCAUCCGAUUUCUGCCAGCUCUGUCCCGACCCAGGGCGAAAACAAUUCGGACCAAUUUAAAAAGCCCACCCUGAGUAGUCAGGAUGUUGUGAGACGGCCUCUGUCUGCACAAAGGCCAACUUUUCUUGACAGGUUUAUUGUAGGAAAAGAGCUAGGAUCUGGUCAUUAUGCAAUUGUUAAGGAAGCUACUGAUAAAGACAGUGGUGACAUUGUAGCUGUCAAGAUCUUCCAUCCACAACGAAACGACGACCAAAAGAAGACAAAACAAUUUCGGGAAGAAACCAAAAUAUUAAUGAGUAUACAACACCGUAAUAUUGUCAAGCUUAUAGACAGGUUCGUAGAACCUGUCAGCAAGGCCCAAAUCCAAACUUAUCUCGUGUUAGAAAAAGUUAGCGAUGGUGAGCUAUUUGAUAGAAUAGUACGGAAAACUAAGCUCAGACAGGAAGAAACAAACGCAAUUUUCACGCAGAUUCUCAAUGGCUUGCGGUAUUUGCAUGCAAAAAAUAUCAUUCACCGAGACAUCAAACCUGAAAAUAUCCUAUUAAGUAUACGGAAACGCCAACAUACUGAGGAACAGCAACGAGGACCCUGGGAUGAUGAUGAAAUAGAUAUAACGAUCAAGAUAGCAGAUUUUGGUCUGGCUAAAUUUAUCGGCGAGAUGCAGUUCACGAACACGCUCUGUGGUACGCCUUCUUAUGUUGCUCCAGAAGUUUUGAAAAAGACAGGAUAUACGUCAAAAGUUGAUUUGUGGAGUGCUGGCGUUCUAUUGUACGUGUGUUUAUGUGGCUUUCCUCCUUUCAGUGAACAGUUGAGCCCCCCAUCUAUGAAGGAGCAGAUUCUUCAGGGCAAGGUGGCUUUCUACUCCCCUUAUUGGGAUAACGUAGAUGACUCAUGUUUGCAUUUAAUAUCUAAUCUUCUGGUUGUCAACCCAGCCUUUAGGUAUGAUGUCCAACAGACUAUGAAUCACCCUUGGUUUUCGGACAAUUCGUACCUUGCAAGAUCACCGGCUCUCAUGAGCAGGCAAGCCAUAGAUGAAAGUAGAAUUCCUAAAACAUAUUCGGAACUCUCAAGUUUACAAUAA